UGGGAGUAAUUGGGAUGAAUUACUUGACCCCAUUUUGUUUUCUUUGUGAACUAAAGUACACGCAACAACAAAAAUGUCACCCUUUCGACUAAUGUUUUGUGCUGACCCAGUGUUUCCAGAAGAAGUUUCAGAGAAUUACACGGUAAGUGUAUGUUAUUACCAGCACCUUUCAUGUACACAUGGCAUUCAGUGUGUCUUCAUUUUACAAAUACAACCCCUUCUCCAUUUGUUUACAAAGAUCCCAGAUAUGAAUACAUUCGGGGAAGAUUUCUGCAAAGAGUACAGCAUAAAUAUGAAAUCAAGACAUGAUGCUGACAUUGCACUGGCCCUAAGUAACAUUUCUAAAGCACAAGAAAAACAACAAAGACAUUAUGCUAAAAGAAAGACUUCUAAAUAUGGGGAAAUAACAUUUGAUGUUGGGGACUCUGUUAUGUUACUGAACGCUAGAAAGAGAACAAGAAAAGGAGGAGUACUGGAACCUAGGUAUCGGGGACCAUACAAAAUUACGACUGUUGAGGGUAAGAGAGUGAAAUUACAGACCAUCUCAGGGAAACGGUUAGGAACCAUGUACAGUAUCGCACACUUAAAAUCAUGUAAAGGGCCACCCACAUUAGCUGCUGAAAGCACAUCAGAGGGAAAAAUCCGUACUGAAAUUGCAGUUGGUGACACUGAACCAGAAACACCCUCAGAAGAGAUUAGAAAUGUGGAUGGCACUGUAUCUCACGACAGCACAGUGAAAACCAUCGAGGUCACAGCAACGGAAGAAGAGGAGUAUAUAGGGCAAGAUGUUUCAAACAAUGAUACAAGUGAUGCUGAUGACAAUUUUGAUGACCUGCUUAUGGAGGAGGUGGAAGACAAGCAAUGGAUUCUGAAAGUCAAAUUUGUAAUGACCGGCAAACACACAGAGAGACUGGAGGCCAAAGUGAGAAACAUAAAAUUGCAUGGCUCUUCAUUUCAUUGCCUGAAACCGAGAAGCUGGAUAAGUGAUGAGGUACAUUUAAGUACCACUAAUCAUGUAUUUGUUAACGGCAUUGAUUCAUCAAAUAUUAUUGAAAUUGUGCCCUUUCUUUCAUCAUGUGUUGUUGGUUAUUGAUGCAUAUUUGAGCUGUGUGGUUGAGAAAGCAGAUGGAAAGGUACAAGCCGUCUCAUCAGUAGUUUCCACUGUCAGUCUCUCAGGCAGAGCUCCACAAAUGAAAGUGAAGAUAAAUGCUAACACACUUUCAUACAUAGCAUGAGCAAAGCACAAUUUCAUUCAGUGAGUUAAACACAAUGUGAAACAGCAAAUACAAUGCUAUGUUUGAUGUGGAGGAGUACUCUAAUAGUAAUACAUUGAAUGAAAUUGGGAAAUACAGUAUAAUGUACAUUUCAUGAUUUGCUUCACUGGAAACUAUAAUUGCUUUUCUAAUUUUUUUUAAAUAAAUAC